AUGAAAGUAAUUGCUGUGACUCUAGUGUUAUUGUUAGCAGGUAAAGCAUUAGCCGGUGAUCUAACCAAUAGGUAGCCUAUAUCAAAUUAUACUAGAUAUCCAAUCAUUGGUAAAAGCAAGCCAACUCUUGUUAGUAUCUUGACAGAAUUGGAAAGCAAAUUAUCAUCAGGCGGAUCGAUUGAUACAGCUGUGAACUUCUUAUCCAAUCUUAGAGCUUCAAUAGAUUCUGAAUAAAUUAGACAUGAUCAAUUAUACACAGAUCAAAGAAAUCAAUGCAAUGCUGAAUUAGAAUUGAGAACCAAAGAUGUGAAAGAUGCAGAAUAAGUAUUGAACAGAGCAACUGAGUAAUAUGAGAAUUGUUCUACUUCUAAGAAGAAGGCCGAUGCUGAACUCGAUAACAACUUAGAUAGCCAAAAAGUAUUUAGAAAUACAUAAUUUAAAGGCUACUGAUACCGACAUCAAGAUUUUGGAUUCAAUUAGACAAGCUGGUGCAACAAAUUAUAAUGCUAAGAAAUAGGAUCAUAUUGAUGCUUUAAGAUCAAUUUAGGAAAGUUUGAAGAUCUUGGAUAGCUUCUAAUCAGGAGGUGCUUCAUUAGCUUAAAUGUCUGAGAUUUCAUUGAGAAUGAUCUAAGAUGCAGUAAAAUUGAAGACUACCAAUAUCAUGAGUUAAAUUUCAAGCAUCUUCGCAUAAAUGUUGACUUAGAAUGGAGGGUAUGAAUGAUGCAAUGAAUUUUUAGAUACAUUGAAGUGUUUGAAAGACUUAAGUAAUUAUUGCAAAACUUGGAAUAAAAUUUGUAUACUAAUUUGUAGAAGAUUUCUGAAGAGGAAGACCAAUCCAUUUAAGAAUAUGAUGACAGAAGAGUUCAUUUAGUUGAAUACUACAAUAAUUUGAAGAGAACUGAGAACAAAUUAAGAGAUCACAUCACCACCAUGGAUAUUUGUUAAGAUUAGCAAUCAGCCAUAAUUGACAGUGCCAGAGGAAAGAAGGUAAUUCAAUUGGAGUAAUAUCUUUUAGGUGAGAAAUGGAGAAAUCUUUGACAGUGCUACUAGGAUGUGCAAUGAUUUCGCAUCAGAAUAUGAGAAGGCAACUCAAGUGAGAAAAUAGGAGUUGGAAUUGGUUGAUAAGGUUAAGGCCAAGAUAAUUGAAAGAGGAUCAUGAU